GCUUUCCCUCUCCCCUGAACUCGGAGCUAGUCUGUAAUUCGGUGUUGUUAAAGCUAACGAUGGCAGCGGCGGCGGGUUGCGGCUCGGCGGCCGCGGCUGCUGGUGGUGCGGCAGGUGGCGUGGCCGCGGCGCGGGGGCGCUUUCCCGGGCGGCCCUGGUCGUCGCGGAGCCGCCUGCGCUCGGAGAAGCGGUGGCAGCUCGGUCGCUCGGGCACGGAGCAGGACGACACUGGCGGCGGAGGCCCGAGGCCCGCAGGCUGCCUGGCGCUUGCGUGCGCUGACGAUCCGUCUCACCUGCGCCUGCUAGGGAUCCAGGCGAGCUACAAGAGCCUGGGGGAGGCCGGCUACAGCUCCAGUGGAAGCGAACAGGGAUCUGAAUUUAAAGGUUUUGAGGCUGAAAAUGAAAGUAACUUUGUUCUUGAACAGUCCAGAAGAAAUCGUCGCAAACGUAAUCGGGCAUCAACAAAUUCGUCAAAAAGAGUGCGUCGGAGACCAGCUUCUGCAACAGCCCCAGCUGUAGAGAAGGGUCAAGCACCUCCGAUUGAUUCUGGAUCUGUACAGGAGCUUCACAGCAAAGCAGAGUCUUGUAAUGAUGUUUUGACUGAAGAUGCUAUUUCUAGCUCAGUUAAGCUAACAAAACGAAGACGAAAAAGAGGCUCUGUGAAAGACGAUGCUUCAUCUGCUCCAAGGAUCACUAUCAAGUUAGUGACUAAGAGGAGAGUUAAGGUAGAUGCAUCCCAGCAGUCUAAAACUAAGGAAAAUCAAUGUGCCAUAGUCUCAUCUGCACAAGUGAAAUUAAAGAGAGGUGCAAAAGCCCCAGAAAGUAGUUCAACUGAGGUGAAGGAAGAGGUCAUUACGCGAAGGCGAGGGCGAUCCGCAUCCAUUCCGCAGAGUGUGCCAGAUGCAAAGGUUGAUGACCGAAAAGUAGAGGAAAAGUUGAGGAAGCCAACCCGCAAGACUCGUUCAACAUCAUGUGGUGACGCUGUAGAGCUAAACACUGGUGCAAAGAAGACAGAACCAACAGACAGCGUGUCAGAAGAAAGCACAGAAGUUAAAAAGCUGGUGAUUCGGAGACGGAACAGAUUAGACUCAAGCCACGUUGAGCAAUCCGGAGACCACAAAGAUGAGGCUACGUUGUCGGAGUCGAUUUUAGAGGUGUCAACAGUCGGGGAGCCUAAACCACCUUCUAGGAAGAAAAAGAAAAAACGGAAGAAGAGAAAUCGGAAAGACAAAAUUGCAGAAAAGAGUGCAGAGAACUUUGAUGCUUUGUCUCAGCAACCGACAGGAGACUCCAUAGAGAACAACUUUGUGGGAAUCCCAGGCUUAAAACUGACACGAAUACGAAACCCGAAAGCCAGGUUUCGUAAGAAAUGCAGCAAGUUUAUUUGGACCUUAACACUGGUAAAGUGCAAAAGCAAAACUGUUAGUCCACCAACCCAAGAAAAUCUAAGCAAAGCACCAGAAAGCCUUAGCAACGAGACAAAAUGUCCCUCAAAAUGUGCAAAAGACCUAGAUGUUUCAGCAGAACCUACAUCUAGUCCAGCUGACACUUCAGAGAUUAACACUCUGCAAGAGCCAGAAAGUAAGGAAUUGUUAAAAACUGUUAAUGUUACCUGCGGCUUAGAAAACACAGACAUCAUAGAGAAAGAUGAUGAGAUCUCAAGAAAGGCUGGGGUGACCUCUGAAAAAUGUGAGAAGGAGACCUCAAGAAAGGAUAACAAUGAGAGAGAGUCAAGAAAUUGCAGUGAGGGGAGCUCAGGAAUGACUGCUGGGACAAGUUUGAGAAAUGAAGAUGAGGCGACCUUAAGAAAAGGUGGGGAGGAGCCCCAGGUGUCUGGUGCAGUUGAGGUUGUAAAAGAAAUGCUUCCAGAGGCUGCCAUAGAGAUGGAUGAAGAGCUGACGGGUAAGGAUUUUGUUCCUACCCUACAGAAAAAGGUUGUUUCCUCACCAGGAAAACACGACAGAUUAAAACAGUCUUUUUCAGUCCAGCAAGCCACAACUACACCUAAACCGACAGAGCUUUUGAAUGAACCUGGUUGUCAGACUUCUGCAGAAAUAGAGAACCAGGUAGAAACUAAAGCUCCUCCACUCAUACCUAAGGCUAGGCAUAGAUUGAGUCUCAACUCUCCUCGAAAGAAGCGUGUAAGGCAUAAACCUUGGACAACUUGCAAGAGGAAAUCUAAGAGUGUUCCUUCUGCUAAUGACCCCAAUUCUAAAAUGAUUGCUGAUACUGAGAGUUCUGUCACUGAGACGGUGGUGGAAGCUGCAGUGGUGGAAGCUCCGGCCACUGAGGCGGAAGCUCCGGCCUCUGAGGCGGAAGCUCCGGCCUCUGAGGCGGAAGCUCCGGCCUCUGAGGCGGAAGCUCCGGCCUCUGAGGCGGAAGCUCCGGGCCCUGAGGCGGAAGCUCCGGGCCCUGAGGCGGAAGCUCCGGGCCCUGAGGCGGAAGCUCCGGCCUCUGAGGCGGAAGCUCCGGCCUCUGAGGCGGAAGCUCCGGCCUCUGAGGCGGAAGCUCCAGUCACUGAAGCUGAACCCAAGUUAGGGGAGUUACCAGAAUUACAUGAAAAGCCUAACCCAAGGAAGUGCUCUGUUCAGGAUUCUGGUCAAGCAAAAGUCUCUCUCUCAAGAUUUGCAGCACCAAUGUCUGGGGUAACUAAACCCACAAGUGUCGAUUGUGCUGCACUUCCACCUCAACCAGCAACUGAAACACCACCCGAGGUUAAGACUCAGAAGGAGCCAUCAACUGAAGUCUUGAUUUUAGAUCCACAAAUGCCCCUCACUUUUCAAGCAGAUCCUCCUUGUCAUGUUCAGAAACCAAUCAAGCAAAGCAAGAAAAGACGCAGAUCUUUCAUAGGGCAUCGGUUAAAAGCUCGAAGAAAAAGGUUGCCCCAAAGACAGUUAACAGAAGAAGGGUCUGAUGGUUGCCCAGCAGUUGUAACGUCUGAGCCAGCACGGUCCAAGCUAGUUGGCAUACUGAAAACGAAGUACAGAAACAGGCACGUUUCAUCAAGUCUUCCUUACACUCUUGAAGACAAAAAAAGGAGAGCAAAGCUUUUUGCACUGCAAGUGGAGCGUGAGCUUUGUGUUCAUAGAAAUGAGGAACAAGAAAAAGCUGCUGUUCAUGAAAAAUCUGACUCCGAUUCUGUUGAAGUCCAACCUGGUAAAACGAAAUGUGUUAAAAACAUUAAGCAUUUUAUAAUGCCUGUUGUCAGUGCCCGGUCUUCACGGGUAAUAAAAACACCAAAGAGAUUUAUGGAUGAUGCUGACAUGUCAGAUCUGCCUCGGAGGAAUGCGCAGAAGAAAGGACACCAGUUGGGGUUGAAUCCAAAAUCAAAGAAACAAGAUGAUGGCGAAGAGAGAGAUGAGCAUUCCUCUGUUCUAUCACAGGACGAGGAAGAUCUUCUGUCUGAACUACCCGAAGCUCAGUUAGAUCUUGAUUUGUCUUCUGCUGAAGAAUCUAAGCUGGAGCCAGUAAAUGACUUGGACAACCUAGGUGAAGAAAAGUUCCCCAGCAAGAGGAAAUCACUACUCAGAGACCCAGGUUUUAAUUGGCAGGCUGCAGGUGCAGAGAUCUACAACUUUGACCAAGAUCUUGAAAAGGAGUACGAGGCCUUCUUGUCUGCCGAAGAUUUCUCGUUUGAUUCACUAAUAGAUCCACCUCAGAAAAAGAAACCGAGCAUGAAAUUCAAGAAACCACAAUCGCACCUAAAGCUCUAUAAGAAACUCAAGGAUGAACUAAACUUUGGUUCCACCAAGAAAAAACUGAAAAAGCUCCCAUCAGCUGACACAGUGAAAACUGUUUUACCCCCUGCUGAGGUACCAAAGGUGGAGUUGGAGAACGAAACCAGUUUAAUUAAGUCUCUUUCUGAUGUUAAGACUGAAAAGGCUAAACUCAAGAUUGAGGAUCUUGACAGUCCAGGAGUUGUUCGUAAAGUAUCCAUCUGUGUACGGGCCCUUAGCAACAAGUUUUUGGGACAACAUCAGGACGAGCAGGUGGAUGACAUGCAAGAUGAAUUCUCCAUCCAUACAGACAUUUCACUUCCUAAGAAAUCCAUGGACAUUGAGAACAUGUUUCGAGCUGAAUCAAGAGAUCAGAAGUCAGAACGAGGCUUUGCUCAAAAGAGUAAGGACGUCAUUGAGUCAAGGGAGAAAAGUACUGUUCAGCGUCCUCACCUCUCUGGGGCCAACAAGCGCAUGUUCAACCUCCUGAAGAAGGCCAAGGUUCAGCUUAUCAAGAUUGAUCAGCAGAAACAUCUCAAGUCAUCAGGGCUCCUGUCUGAAGGCCGAAUCACAGCUGGGAAGAGGCAUAUUCGAAAACCGAUUAAACAGCUGAAUGAUUCCUGUCCCGACAAGACCGUUGCCUCUACUGAGCAGGAGCCAGCCAGAGGAGGUCCACGCAUCAAGCAUGUUUGCCGAGCAGCAGCUGUGGUUCUGGGGCAGCCUCGUGCCAUCAUCCCGGACGAUAUCCCCAGACUAAGCGCUCUUCCACUACAUGAAAGAUCAGGCAUUUCUCCAUCACCUGCUACUAAAGAUGUGGAGUCACAUUCUGACCCAGACAGCCCCGUAGUGCAAGAGCAGAGGACGCCCAAGUUCCGCAAAGCCCGAGCACACGCACGCCGAUGUGGCCAGUGUAAAGGCUGUCUCCAUGAAGAGGACUGUGGAAAGUGCAUUAACUGCCUAGACAAGCCCAAAUUUGGUGGCCCUAACACCAAAAGACAGUGCUGCGUGUUUAAGAGAUGUGAUGAGGUUGAAGAAAGGAAGGCUAUGAGACUAUGUGGCAAGCUCUAUAAAGGACAAAUGAAGAGGCGUCGCUCAUUAGUCAGUGCUGGUCACUCAAGUAAUGAGGACUGUGAAGGGACAGAGGCAACUUCUGUAGGAGGAGACGGUCAGAGCCCGUCAUUACGAAAACAACCCAAGCGCACUGUUAAACCACGCUACUACUGCGAUUUGCUGGAAUAUGACUCUGACCUCGACCCAGACAUGAACAGGACACCACACUCCACCUCACCAGCCCGGAGGAGAGCACCUGGACCACGCAACAACGACUUUGUGUCAUUAGACGACUUUGUCGGUGAUGGCCUUGAAGACGGGAUACGACAUCGCAGACAUGGAUUUAACAGAGUUCCACCUAUCAGGCGGAAACCUGAGAAGAGUCCUCAGGAGCAAACACCACCCAGUGUUCUGGCAGCGCUGGCUAACGGUUUUUCAGAGAGAGCAAGUGAACCCUCUGAGCCUACAUACAAGAUCUGUGUCGACUUUAAGGAGGACUGCAACUUGCAGAAUGUUUGGUCGACCGGUGGAUUGAGCAUCCUAACCUCUGUGCCUCUGAUGCCUUCGUCUGUGUGUCUGCUUUGUGCCAGCAAAGGACAGCAUGAGAUGUUGUUCUGUCAAGUGUGUUGCGAACCUUUCCAUUACUUCUGCUUGGAGCCGUCAGAGCGCCCGGUGAAGGAGAAUAAGGAGAACUGGUGCUGUCGCCGCUGCAAGUUCUGCCGUGUAUGCGGUCGCAAGAACAGACAUUCUAAACCUCUGCUCGAGUGUGAACGAUGCCAGAACUGUUAUCAUCCUGCCUGUCUUGGGCCAAACUAUCCCAAGCCCAGCAAGCGCAAGAGGCCAUGGGUCUGUAUGACGUGCAUCAGGUGUAAGAGUUGUGGCGUGACUCCUGGGAAGAGCUGGGACACGGAGUGGAACCACGAUAAGGGCUUCUGUCCUGACUGUUCUCAGCUGUAUGAUCAUGGUAACUACUGCACAAUGUGCUUCAAGUGCUAUGAGGACAAUGAUUAUGAGAGCCAGAUGAUGCAGUGCUCAGUAUGUAAUCACUGGGUCCAUGCCAAGUGCGAGGGAUUGACUGAUGACCUGUAUGAGAUCCUGUCGAGUUUGCCAGAGAGUGUCGUGUAUGCCUGUCAACCCUGCACUCAAACACAGCCUGGUGUCAUUCAGGAGAGCGUGGAGGGAGGAGGAUGGAGGGAGCUCCUGCUCCUGGAGCUCCGAGCCGGUGUGGAGAAGGUGCUGGCCUGCCUGCUGAGCUCUACUCUCACUCAGCACCUGGUCACAUGCAGUGAGUGUGCAGCUCUGGAUGAAAUUGGUAAUAGAGGUGAUGGAGAUGAGCUUUCUGUGUGUGAUCUGCGUGCCGUAGGGAAAAAGUUUGACAAAGGUCUUUAUACAACAUUGAAAUCUUUCCAUGAGGAUGUGGUGAGAGUGAUCCGCAAAAAUCUAGAGGAAGAAGAAACCUUUCCAGAUGACCAAAAGCCAACUGCUCUGGCUCGCUCUUACUAUCUGAAGCUCAUGGAAGAGGUUUUCAGCUGGUUCAACAGUCAAGAUCCUAAAGUAUGGGAUCCACGCUCUAAACAUUUGCAAGUUGGAAUGCUCUCGAAUGCUGUAAUACCACCAACAACUGAGCAUGUAUUUGCCCAAUGGCGGGAACAAGAGGAGAAGAGCAGGACUGUGAACACCAAGCAAGCAGGAGGUCUUACAGAGGUCAAAAGAGAAGAUGGGGUAGAUAUUGCUACCCCUGUGUCUCGCAGGCCUGUCAGUGGCCAAUAUAGAGACUUGAGCAUGAGACUCAGACUAACAGGGAAAAAAUCACGACCAUCAAGAGAUCUGGACACUGGGUGGUCAAAAGAUGAUGAGCGGCAGUGCGUCUUGUGUCAGAAAUAUGGCGAUGCAAAAUCUAGUGAAGCUGGUCGUCUGCUGUAUCUUGGACAAAAUGAGUGGGCUCAUGUCAACUGCGCAAUGUGGUCAGCUGAAGUGUUCGAGGAGGAUAACGGCUGCUUGAUGCAUGUGCAUAAUGCAGUUGCUAGAGGUCGCCUUAUGCGUUGUGAACGAUGUAACCAGACUGGGGCAACAGUGGGCUGCUGCCUUACCUCCUGCCAAAGCAACUACCACUUUAUGUGUGCCCGUUCUCGCAGCUGUGUCUUCCAGGAUGACAAGAAAGUCUUCUGCUACAAGCAUCGUGAUCUUAUCAGUGGAAAAAUCAUUUCUGGACAAGGGUUUGAAGUUCUUCGGAGGGUUUACGUGGACUUUGAGGGGAUCAGCCUUCGCAGGAAGUUUUCGACAGGAUUAGAACCAGAAUAUAUUAAUAUGAUGAUUGGCUCACUUAAAAUCAGAAAACUUGGGAAGCUAAAUGAAUUGUCAGCUGCUCAAGGAAAACUUGUUCCAGUUGGUUAUGAAUGUUCUCGGUGGUACUGGAGCACACUAAACCCACGUCGCCGCUGUAAGUACACAUGCCGAGUCAUGGAGGUACGACCACCAGUUCAGGAGAAGCCAACAGAAGAACUGGAUGACCAGGGAGAAAAUCGCACAAUUGCACACAGUCCAUGUCCUCAACCAGAAUCUGAAACUAUGGAGGGAGUUGUGACACCAGCAAACCCAUGUUUAGAAUCUCCCUUUGCUAAGCCAGACUCUGGUACGCGACCCAAAAAUUCAGCCUACCCCCUGAACAGAAGACCAGCUGGAGGACUAUCUAGACCUUUACCAUCUCCAGGAGCAGCCCCUUCCAAGUCCCAUCACAUUUUGACUAUUAGCGAUUUUGAUGACACCCGCAGACUACGGCGACAUACACCACAGAAUACAGGCAUUCGUGGGCACAAUGCUUGCAGCUCCGUGGGAUCUCCGACUAGCUCAAUUAAUCUUCGACCUGGGGGUUCCCAACACUCAAAAUCCUCCCAACCUACCUCCCCACUUUUCCCUCUUGGUGCUACUGAAAACUUGUUGACCUCCUCGUCAGCCCGCCCUGUCAGUCGAAGCGCUUCCUCUGCCCGGGGUGCUGGAAUUUUGGCAUCCCAUUCUACCUCAGGACUCUUUCCAGAGCCCAUGUGGCAUGGUGGCACUGGCAGCACCCCACCCUCUAACCGAUCCCUUUCUUCACCUACCCACCUUUCAACAAAACCAAGGUUGCCUUUUGACCUUAAUCAGUUGGAUUCCGCAGAACUGCCACACAAUUUCAUGGCAUCACCAAAAGAACUGCCUGCAGAAAAUGGAACCUCACCUUUAGGAGACACAGUAGAUCCACAAAGGGGUAGUCACCUAGUCACUGACAAGGAAUUUCCCUUUAACCCCUUUCAGUUGGACACGGACCUAACUGUGGUUUCAGAACUGAAAACAGAGCUUGAAAUUGAAGCAACUGUACUGAAUGAGGGAGUUGCUAUGAACUGUAGUGAACAGAUUGUUGUUGAAGGUGAAGAGGAUCAAGAUGAGUUUUGGGGUCCAGAUGCAGAGGGGUCUGCCCGAAGAUUACCUCAUACUACAGAGGAUUGGGGUAAUAGUUCCUCCGAUGAUGAUAUGGGGAACUAUUUUGACUUUUCACGCACUAUAGUAACUUGCAAUGUCCCAAGAGAAGCCUCAAAGACACCCCCUUCUGCCUCUAUAAAAUCAAUUUCACAACUAGAUGGUGUAGAUGAUGGAACUGAGAGUGAUGCAAGCGUAACAAACAGUAAUACUCAAAAUCUGAAGAACACAAGUCAGGUUCAGAAACCAUCUCAGACUCUUGAUGGUCAGCAGCAAAAACAGUGGAACAGUAACGGACUAUGUAUGGAACAACCAUUUGGCUCCCUAUCCUUAGUUAGUACUGCUGAUCAAAGUUCAAACAGCCCGACACACUCCAAAAUUCCACAAGAGACUAUGGGUUACACAAAGUCAGGUUUCCAAGAUACAUAUCAGAACACUGAUUUUAUUGGUCAGGCAUUUCAGUCAAGUCCCGUAGUACCCCCUCAGGAGACCUUAACUAAUUUUGUUGUGCCAAAGGAAACAUUUUCAGCUUUCAAUGAAGACAUUUCAGGAUACAGUUUGCCUACAGAUCUGGGAUUACCUAUAAUGAUGGACAGAUGUGACCCUCCCUCACCCAACACCUGUUUUACUGAGCUGGUUCCAGUUAAGGAAGAUUCUCAAAUAGACACACAAGAGUCCACCGAGUCAAAAGAAGUGUACUUGGAUCAUAACAGUGGUCACUUUGUUUCCUCCAUUGAUGGUUCUACGAUUUGCCCAAAUAAUUUGUCAGAGGGUUCAAAGGAAGUAAAAAACCAAGAUCAAGUGCCACCACAACCGGUGGCUGCGUUAUCUACAGAAACAAGCAUUUCUACAGUUCAGACUGUUUCAUAUUCACAGGCUUUCAUGUCAUUUGCUAAUUCUUCACCAUCUUCAAAUAUUACUUUACACCCUGUACACCCUGAAAAUAAGACACUCCUCCCACCAAUGGAGAGUUUUCGUAACAAACUAUCACCUUCCGACAUAGGCCAACAUUCAGUCCAAAAGGGAGGGAUUUCUGCUGAUUUGCCUACUCAGCCUGAUUCAGUCCUUCAUGUUCAAUCAGGUACUAGUGUAGCCCUUGCAUCUCUUAGGGCAGUGCCACCUCCCGUGUACCCCACUUACACACAACCCGUGUGUUCAGCAACAGUCAGCAUUGCCCCAUCUGUAAACUCCCAAACAUCUGUCCAGUGCCAUCCAAUAUCCUCCAUUAUUCAAACAGCAUCAUGCCCACUUGUUGUUAAUGGCUAUAGUUCUAUGCCUAUGCAAAGGGAAGCUGCCCCAGGACGUACAAUUUCCAUAAACUUUUCAACUCCAAGACCAACAUUAGCGCCUCAACAAACGAUGACUCAAGCAUUACCAGGACAUGCAAUUCUCACUGUGAAGGAGGUGGGUGGACCCAAUGUGGAUCCAACCCCUCAUGUUUUACUUGUUAAUCGUCUUGGACAAAUUUUUGUCAAAAAUCCUGAAAGCAACACUUUCCAGCUACCCAGUCCCACCUCGCCUUCCUAUAACUGUGUUACACAGAUUGCCAGCCUUCUGCAAAGCAAUGCACUCUCUGCUACUCUGGCAGCUGCGGGAAACUUGCCUGCAGUUGCAGGAGCAGCCAUCACAGCCCAAGUUCCCAGAAUGGUAACACCAGUGAUUCAAAACUCCAAUACAAUUACACAGCUUCUCACAACUAAUAGCAAAGGAAUAGCUGCACCAUCGGAAGCCCAGGAAACAAAGCAAAACUCUAAAGAAUCUGCUGAUGGCUCUUUACCUGGAACAAAGAAGCCACGGAAAAAGAAGGAACCUGCAACACCUCGGAAAGCAAAGUCAACACCUGUACCCGGGGCAUCUGGCAAGCCAGCAGACAAUCAUUCUGAGAGUGCACAAGCUAUUAUUAACCAGGCUAUGGCCAGCUAUUACGACCCAAGUCGGAAUGCUAGCCUAAUUCUGAAUCCGUCACCAGCUUGUAACACCAGUACUGGUGGCGGAGCCCAGUCACCAAGUUCCAUAGUUCUACCACCAGUUCUCCUCGUUAAACCAGAGUCCACAAAUUCUCCACCAUCUACCCCAAGCUCUGCAUCUUCUCGACCAAAGCAGGUUCGAAUGAAAAGGGUGUCAUCUCUUUCUGAUCGCAUUGCCACCAAAAAAUCGAAGUCUGACGUUUUAGAUCCAGAACAUUCCAGUGGUCCAGAAGAGCAACGCAAAUUAAAUUCAGCUGCUGCCAGGUGUUGGGGAGUUCGCAUUAAAACUCCAACUGUCAAAGGUAUCCUUGAUCUGGACAAAAUCAAUGAGGAGCAAAGUAGUGAUUCUGAGAGUGCAAGGCCAGGGCUCUGGGACCGUUUCUCUGUUUUUCGAGGUUGUGACAGCAGUAAACCACAGGCCUUGGACACCACAUGGUGCAGUUCACUGUCUGACUGGAAUAAAUACUCAGGGAUGCUGUCAGGCUCAGAGGAUGAGAUACCUCCAGAAAGUGCAGAGAAGUACCCACCCAGAGGAGACCAGCCAUGCCUUCGUGUUGAAAUCUCUAGUGAUGAUGGCUUUAGUGUGGUGGCAGACAGCAUUGAAGUGGCAUGGAGGGCUGUGAUUGAUGGGGUGCAGGAGGCUCGUGCUGUUGCCAAGCUGAGACAGCUUUCCUUGACUCCCAUGACUGGAGCUCGUAUGAUGGGUUUGCUCCAUGAUGCUGUGGUUUACCUGGUGGAACAGCUACAAGGGGCCAAGAGUUGUCAUCGCCAUACUUUCCGCUUCCAUAAGCAGCCUAGCCAGGAGGAUGACUUGCCUAUUAACCCCAGUGGCUGUGCUCGCUCUGAGGUCUACCUGAGGAAAUCUACCUUCGACAUGUUUAACUUCCUGGCUUCCCAGCAUAGACAGCUUCCUGAUACUGAUCUCUGUGAUGAAGAGGAGGAUGAAGUUCUUCUGAAAUCUAGCAGGCGAGCAACGAGUUUGGAGCUUCCCAUGGCAAUGCGCUUCAGACAUCUAGAAAGGACAUCCAAAGAAGCUGUUGGUGUUUACAGGUCUGCUAUUCACGGACGAGGGCUAUUCUGUAAGAGAAACAUUGAAGCUGGUGAAAUGGUCAUUGAGUACUCCGGCAUUGUCAUUCGUUCCGUUCUGACAGACAAGCGGGAGAAAUACUACGAUGGGAAGGGCAUUGGCUGCUACAUGUUCCGCAUCGACGACUUUGACGUGGUCGAUGCAACCAUGCAUGGCAAUGCGGCACGAUUUAUCAACCACUCGUGCGAGCCCAACUGCUAUUCCCGUGUCAUCAACGUGGAGGGCCAGAAGCACAUCGUCAUUUUCGCCUUACGCAAGAUCUACCGUGGCGAAGAACUCACCUACGAUUACAAGUUCCCCAUUGAGGAUGCCAGCAACAAGCUCAGCUGCAACUGUGGAGCCAAGCGCUGCCGCCGCUUUCUAAACUGAGUGGACCCUUUAGAAGAUCCCGAAGAGCGCAGGGAGGAAAGCAUAUAGGCAAUAAACCAGAGGCACAGCGGACUGUGGAAAGCACAGAGUUCAUGAAAAGUCCAUGAAUCCUCACUAGCAGUUUUUUUUAACGUUGUCUUACAAAUUUGGAAUAUACCCACCGGAAAUCCACUGGACAGAUCCAGACACGAUUGUAAGGAUGUACAAGUGCGAUUCACAAGCUCUACAACUAAAGUGGAAUGGUUUUAGAAACACCUGCUUUACAGUCUGAGCAUUUUUAUUUCAGUCCACAAAAAAGAGCUCUGCUUAAUGCUUCCCUUUUUACAACAGAGGUCAUGCUGACUAUUGAUGUGCUAGAUGCAGCACACUCCUCCAACUGCUAAUACGUGUCAAAUUGUUGCUGCUGAAAAACUACUUUGGCUCAUGUAGGGAACCUGUAUAAGGUGUUCCAGGUGUGUUUGGGGUUUUUUUUUUGUUUUGUUUUGUUUUGUUUUUAGCUUGUGCACGAGCAACAAGUACAGUGAUUGUCUGGCUGAUCAAAAUCUAAGUGGUUGGUGCAACAGUUUUAGCUAUUAAAAUAGUUCCGCUAAAUGGAUCAUCCUGACCUCCUGCAGUCUGUGGCCUCUAAAAAUUUGACUUCAGCUUUCUCCUGCACUUAGAAAGAAGUGCAAAUAGAUGUACAGGAGUUUUGUGGCAGUGAGAAUAUACUGUACCUGAAUGAAUAUAUGACUAAUCAAGAGAUAUAUCUAUAUAUACUUUUAACUGAGAUGUUUAUCUGUGAUGCUCAUGCUAGAACAUAGUAUAGGACUUGAUGUUUAGGAGAAGAAAAGGCUUUAUUCUGCUCAGGAAGAUGCUGUGAACCCCUGCAAUACGCCAUCACCAUCCAUUCCGUUUGUAAAAAUCAUUUAGUAACACGACUUUUUUUAAUAGUAAGCCUCAAAUCAGCCUUUAAGCUCUUCUACAGAAGCCACUGCUGUAAAAUCUCAUUAGCAAACUCCUUCUAGGCCUGUGUAUAUUAUUUAUUCUUUUACCAUGUUUAUUUUUUUUGUCCCAGUUUAUAACUAUGAUUAAACAUUAUUUAAUCAUGGAGAAAAUUCUGUCUCCCAUCUUGGGACCCUGCUGUUUUUUUUGUUUGUUUGUUUUUGUUUGUUUGUUUUCUCUCUUUCUUUCUUUUUUUUUUUUUGGUGUCUGCAAAUUUUGCCCAUUUUUCCUAACCUUUGAAUUCUUUAUGGUGCUAAACUUAACAAAAGUCUUGAAAUUUAAGUGUGAAGUCGCACAUUUCAUCAUUUUCAUCUUUGUUCUUUUUUGCAUUAUAAUACACUUCAUCGUGAAUUGCUCAAGUACUUGACAGAAAAAAAGGUAGAGUGCCGACGAUAUUUUUUAGAGGCGUCACAAUGUAUGGAUGAAGACGACUAUUUACCUUUUUCCCUCUGCUGUCUGCAUUAAACACUACUUGAGCUAACUAGGGAUAGUCACUUUGAAACUUUUUGUUCUUGUGUUGUUGUUUUUUUUCCUUCUCAUUUAUGUGACCGUUGCACAUAAAUCUACACAAUGUACAUCCAUACAAAUCAUGAUCCCGAACAAUUACUGAAGAAAAUCUCUUAGAAGCAAAGUUUUUUUUUUUUUUAAUCUCAGUUUUCCUUUAGCAGUGAUUUAAGAAUUACUGAUCGGUCUUUCAGCUAGCAGUCACCAAGCACUCAGCACCUUGACAUCGCUUUAUUUUAAGACAUUUCUGAUUCCUUCUUCAUGAGGAAAUAGAGAGAACUGAUACCAAUUGUAGUGUCUUUGAAAGACAAGAUUGCUGAAGCUUUAUGGCGUAUUUAUUUUUGUUUGUGUUUAGAUUAUGGGAGUAAAUGUGCUUUCUCCAUGGCCAAGGUCUUUCUUUUGUUUACAUAGUUUUUUUUUCUUGACUUGAACAUUCUUCGAGGAGGAGUUCUUGCAGUGCAGCCUUUUUAAGGUCGUGUUUUGAGCCAGAGGUUCUUUUAUAGUGUGUGAUUUUAGUUCUUGUUUUAACUUGUAAAUUGUGGCAACAUGCUUUAGGGAAACUGCUUCCCUUUUCUCUCCCUCCACUUCCACUUCGUCUGCCCAGAACAGCUUCCAGUGCUUGUCAUUGCUUCUUUCAUGUUUUUAUGGUAGGUGGCUUUCUAACAGCCCUCAAAGUCAUUUGGUGUGGUCAUCCUCUGCCUUGUGUGGCCCUCCUUGUUUUGGAUAAUAUCACAAAAUCGAAUUUCACCCUUUUAUUUUCGUUUGUUUGUUUUUCUUCACUGAACUUGCAAGGAUUCUACCUCAGGCUGUUCAGAAUGACUGUCAAAGAAUACUAAUGCAAAACCUAGAUGACGAUACGAUAUCACUUGGUCUUAAAUGUCCUGUAGAGAUGGCCUGUGUGCAAUGAAGGAUGCAAAGCACUAGUCAAGACCUUCUGUGAUGAUCUGUCUCCCAGAGUUGUGUGGAAAAACUGUAUGUUCCUAAGUAGGGUUGUUUUAAAAAAAAAAAAACAAAAAAAAAAAAAAAAAAAACACGUGUUGAGAAAAGA